AUGGAUGGGGAAUAUAUGGACAUCGAUAUGAAUGUGGACGACACUAUGUCAUUUCAGACGACAACAAGUACAACGAGUUUAGGGUUGCCAGUUUUAGCUGAAAGUGUAUUAGGGAGUAUCUCUGCGAUUACAGGGAUCGUAGUUUUGAAUUUAGAAAAGACUAAUAACUACUGUAAGGCUUGUGCGUUCCAAUCAAUCUUCCUCUUUUUGGUCUUUUUCAUCUCAUCACUCCCUUUCUUGAUCCUUUGUCUCGCUGUCGGUGGCUUUUUCCAAACCAUCUAUGUCACAGUACUUAUCAUUUACAUCGUCGUUAAAACUUUCUUCAUUACUACCACUGUACUUAGAGCUAAAUCUCAAAGCUUUAUGGGUAUCCCUGGUCUCGCUACUUGGAUCCUGAACACCGCAGCUAAGCUCUGA